UUCAAGAUGGCGCUCGAAGUUGAAUCUGCAGAGUAAGUGUGAAUCCUUGUUUUUGGGGAGCAAAGGAAGUAUUCAUUGCUCUACUACUUAUUUAAUGCAGACUUAAUGAUAUUCUUGUAAAUAUCUAGUGGUUAAAACCUGUUUUGAGAGAGCGAUUUAUUUCAUGAGAUCAUCAUAGAGGCAGCACGUGUCUUCCAAAAGUGAAUGCAGAGAUAGUUUGAAGACGCUAUUGAACAAAGCAACACACAUGUAUUCAACAUUAUUUAACUUAACCUCUUUUAAUUCAACAAGUUAGGUAGUAGUAAAGUGAACGUCUUAUGAAUAUGUUCUUGUUAGGCAAGAUAGAAAUCAGCAAUAUUUGCGUUAGAUGUAUGAUUCACAUUCUGUGAUAUUAGCAUGUUUUAUGCUAGUAAAAUAAAGUCAUUGAUUGAUUGAUUGAUUAUGUGCGUGAAUUUCUGCCUUGUUGACUCUUGUUUUGUUUUCUUUCAGUGUAAUCCGACUUAUCCAACAAUUUCUGAAAGAAAACAGUCUACCAAGAACUCUUGCAACUCUGCAGGUAGAGAAUACACAGAUGUUUAAAAUUGUUAUACUUGUACAAGGGAAUGCAAGCAAACGUUGAUGAAUGCUGCUGAGAAAAUUUUGGGUCUCAGAAAAUUUUGAUGCCACUCGAAAUAUCUUAGAAGCAUUUGUGAGUCUCAAAGUCUUGUUGUUGUGUGUUUCCUUUCUCUCAAAGUAUUGUUCUGGUGCAUUUUUCUCUGCUUGGGUUUGUGAACUACAUCAGGGCUUCCAUGGUCAGGGAAAAUUUUUAGAGAAUUUUCUAAAAAGGGAGAGAAAAUCUUUGAUAUUGUCAGAGUCAGUGAAAAGUCAGGGAAUUCUGUUUUCCCGUUUAUAGUUCAUAAGUUUUCAUCACUAUUUUGAAAUGCAUUUUCUUUUGGAAAAGACUAAAAAUAUUCUGCAAAGCAAGCAAAGUGAUCAGUUUGACACUCUACGUCUGACACAUGUAGUAGUUGUGGUCAGUGGUUUUUGUUGUGAAUGCUUUCUUCCAAAUUCCUUCUUCCUCUUUCUGUGAAAAACCGAAAGAGGUUGAAAGUGAAGAGAAAACUAUCAAUGGCCUGCAAAAAAGCUUAAGGGAAGGUAAACAAGUAUUGUUUCUCAUUAAUAAAAGGUGGUUGAAAACUGUUUAAAUUUUAGUGAAAAGUCCGGGAAAAGUCUGGGAAUUUUUGACUUUCUGAUGAGUGGCAACCCUGUACAUGUAUUAUUUUACUGCCCUAACGCAGUAACAGUGAAACCUCUCCCUUGGGACAUCUCUACAAAUAAUUCCAGUUUAAGUUCAUACACAGUAAUUCUUUUAAAAAAGUUUUGCUUUUCAGACCUCCUCUUUCUUAAAGAGUUUUUAAUGACCCUACAGCCCAUGAUGGGUAUGGUUUUGUUUUUGACCCUCACAUUAUUGCUUCCUUACCAAAAAAAUUUAUGUAUUUUUAUCACAGGAAGAAACAGGAAUCACCUUGAAUACUGUUGAUAGCGUGGAAAGCUUUAUUGGAGAAAUUAACAAUGGACACUGGGACACAGUGUUACAAGCUAUUCAACCUCUUAAAUUACCAGACAAGAAACUUAUUGACUUGUAUGAACAGGUAUAUAUGGCUUCUUUAUGAUUUUUUCCUCAAUGGAAAGCCUUUUUCUAAAGUGCAAUGAAAAGGAGUUAUAAUAUUAAUGACAACCUGCACAGAUAUUGUGCAUUAUUACUUGUAUUUAUUUCUACUACAAUAGAACCUUGAUAACUUGAACUCGGAUGACUUGAAUUCCUUGCUAACUCGAACUAAAUUUCCUUUCCUUUGAUCACAAUUUCACUGAAAUGUGCCCGAUAAAUAGAAUUCCCCACUUACUCGAACUGUUUUUCGUUUCCCUUCAGAGUUUGAGUUACUGGGGUUCUACUGUAAUUUUUACUCCACUCAAAUCAGUCAGUUGCAUAUGUGUUACAGAUGAAUUAGGGCUAGGAGAUAAAGGAAAUUGAGAAUCAACCAAGGUGAAAGAAUUUUAACCCAAAUUUAAUUUUGACCCGUAACACGUACAGUGGGGAAUCCAGACCUUCAGAUAAAGGGGAGGGGGGAGACGGUCAUUCAGGCCCUAAGAUAAGGGGGGGGGUCUCCUGUCAGGCCUCAGUUUGGUCUAAAAAUAAGGGGGGCGGGCAUGGGUCCUGGGUCCCCCGGACCCCUCCCCUGGAUCCACUACCCAUAUACAUGUACUCUCUUAUAUGUACAUAUUAUUUACAAGUACAUUUAGUGUGAUAUAUUGCUAGUAUGGGGAAUGCAUUGUAACAAGACCUUCUAUGCUUUAUGAGAAUGACUGCCGCAUGAAUACUGGCUAAUUUAGCCUUUCUCAACUGGUUCAUUAUUCAACUGCCCUGAUUGCAUGGGUCUGUUGCACUGAUGUUAUCACCUUGUACUGUGAAAAAUAUAUUACAUGUACUUUCAUCUUUCACAUAAUUUUUAUCAGAUUGUAUUGGAGUUGAUUGAGCUGCGUGAAUUGGGAGCUGCAAGGUCAUUGUUACGUCAAACAGAUCCGAUGAUCAUGUUGAAGCAGCAGCAACCUGAUCGAUAUCUCCAUCUAGAGAACAUGCUGGCCCGUUCAUACUUUGAUCCCAGGGAGGCAAGUAAAAUGAAUUAAUAUGCUUUGGAAAUGAAAUUCAUCUUAAAAUGUGUCAUUGAAGUAACACCGCAAGUACUUUAAAGUGAUCAUAGUUCUUCUCAGGGCAUUAAACAUCUAAUGAUGUAAUUUGUCAUGGACACUGUAGCUGUUUAUGAUUUUGUGAUCAUAAUUUCAACUUAUAGGCCUAUCCAGAAGGUGGCAGUAAAGAGCGCAGAAGGGCAGCCAUUGCACAAGGUGAUUAUAAGUAACAUUAACAAUAAUUUACAUGACUGUAAUACUAUGUAAUAUUAGAAACGUGAAUAAAUUAUAGUGUGACAAUGAUAUCAUUGUUGUUUUUUCACAAUGCAAAUUUUUUUUUUCAUUUGCAUAAGCUGGCUUCUACACUGUAGUACUUUCACUGUUGGAAAAAUGUAAUGUUAUUUUAGGCUCUUUUUUUAAAAGGACUGAAUUGAUUUACAAUGCAAGGGAGCAUACAUCUUUGUAUAGUACAAAAAAUAUAUUUGUCUAUCUUGUAUGUGUUUGAUCUUUUUACCUCUAGUGUGUAUUGUAUGUAACCAGAAUUCUUUUCCAUGGCAAUAUUUUAUAUUAGUAACAUGUUAGUGCAGUAAAGAUGUGUUUUAAAAAGAAACCAACAGGUGUGUGAAAGUACAGGUGUAUUGUUAAAGAUUGUGGCAAAAUGUAAGCCAGCUGCUGAUGUGUGUCUGGUACUAGUGGGGUCACGUUUUAAAGGCAUUAGCAGUAAACAGAGUCCUGAGUAUACAUGCUUUUACAUUGUCUAACAGCUCUCUCAGGAGAGGUCUCUGUGGUUCCUCCAUCCCGUUUACUGGCCUUACUGAGUCAGGCACUCAAAUGGCAGCAGUAUCAAGGUCUCCUCCCUCCUGGAACAACCAUUGAUGUUUUUCGUGGUAAGGCGGCAGUUAAGGAUGAAGAAGAAGAGAGAUAUCCAACACAACUUAACAGAACUAUCAAAGUAAGAUUAGUGUUACACCUAUUACUUCCUGACCUAUUUUCCCAACAGAACACUGUCAGUAGUAAUUAAGUACUACUAUUUUUACUUUCCUGAUUCCCAGCCUUAUCCUUCUUAGAAUUGAUAAAGUCACCCUAAACAACUUUCCCCCUUUUUAAUAAUUGGCAUUUUCGCAUUGACUUUUUAGACACAGCUACAAAAAAUUCGUGAGAUUUUUGUACGUCAAGUUGCACUUUGUUAUUCACUGUCAGCUGCACAAUGUCAACAACAGCAUGUUAUUGGCUUAACCCUUUUAGCCCCAAUAUCCACAUACAAAUCCUGAUCUCUAUACAUCCCAAACUGAUCUCUAUACAUUUCCUUCAUUGAUGGGUUGAGAGAAUUUAAUAAAAGAUGAAAGCAUUGUCUCUUACGUGAUCAUUUUGUUAAUUCUCAUAACCUUAUCUCUUGACAUUGUAUGGAUAUUGUUAGGAGAAAAUUGAUGUUGGUCACUAUGGAGACUUGAAGGGUUAAUGCUGUCCUAUCAGUCAUCCUCAGUAAAUGGAUACAGUGUAUGGUGCCCCAAACCAUUUUUUUAGAAUUUACACAAUUCUUUAUUUUUCACAGUUUGGAGCCAAAUCCCACCCAGAAUGUGUGAAGUUUUCUCCUGACGGCCAGUACCUAGUCACAGGAAGUGUAGAUGGUUUUAUUGAAGUGUGGAAUUUCACAACUGGGAAGAUCAGAAAAGAUCUUAAGUACCAAGCUCAAGAUAAUUUCAUGAUGAUGGAUGAUUCUGUUCUAUGUUUGGCAUUUAGUAGAGACAGUGAAAUGUUAGCUUCUGGAGGACAGGAUGGAAAGUUAAAGGUACAUGAGUCACAAAACACGUGUUUGUUUACACAUGACUUUGGUAUAGAGUGUCUUUAUUUUAUUUUAUUUAUUUAUUUAUUUAGUCAUUCACAAACCCUUAUACAACAUGAAUAGAAGUUGUUAAUUAAAUUAUAAAAUUAAAUGUAAACAACACACUAGAAGUACUUUAAAUACACCUUCGUACUUUAUGAUAAUUAUAUGUAGCAUAGAGACAGAGAAAAGAUAUAUUCCAGCAGUUACAGUGUAGGAAGAACAACUUAGAACACUAGAUUGUGACUUUCAUUUCACAGGCUUUCAGCUUCUUACUAGUCACGUGAUGUUGUUUCUGGGUUGAAAUGAAAUUUACCCUCUUAGUUGUUGCAAGUAAUGUUUGUACCCACUGUUGGACCCAAAAAGGAUAAUAAAGAACAAGGCAAUUUUAACUCUUUGGAGUUAAAAAAAGGAUUUUUGAGAUAGGUUGUGAAAUUGCAAGACUCCAAGACAAAGUUGUGAGACUUUGUAAGUCUUUAUGGUUUUGAUGCAGUGUUCAUGGAGAAAUUAAGAUAACAAACUAAAAUUUUGCUAUUGUAGUGCGGUAUUUUGUCUGUGUUUAUAAAUUAAUAGUAGGGCAUCCCAUUGAGGAUAUAAAACUUUUACAUGACGUACAUGUGACUGUAUGCAAAAUGCUCUACGAUGUCACUUAUCAAGGGCGCAUAUUACAAUCAGGUGCAGCAAAGCCAGUUGAGAAAUUCUUUUUGAUGCAUUCACUUAUAAACAACAUGUACAAUUAAGAUGUACAUCCUGACUUGGCCUCUUUUUUAACCAAAUCAUGGUUUCAAGCAGGUGCGAGCACAUCCCAAAACUGCAGUCACUACCGUUUACAUGAUGUGUAAAAUUACGUUGUCACAGGUAUGGAAGUUACAAACUGGACAGUGUUUGAGACGGUUCGAGAAAGCCCAUGCAAAAGGUGUAACAUGUGUAACAUUCUCCCGUGAUGCCAGCCAGCUUUUGAGUGGCUCCUUUGAUAUGACAAUAAGGUAGUUUGUGACACUUUGUUUUUUUCAUGCUUACUCAUGGCCAACCAUAAUUAUGUGAGUUGUCUGUAAUGUGAGUCAUCUGCAACAUCAUGUCAAAAAAAGAACUGACCUCUUUUAAAUUACUUGUAUUUAUGUAUUGAGUGAGUUAAUUGUAAUAAAAUAAUAUCCAGUUGAACUUCUCUAAGAUUUCCAUGUUGAGUCCUGAAAGAUGGGAGAAGUAGUGUUUUAGAGAGAAGCCAUCAAUUUGUUGAGGUUCAACAGUACAAGAUUGUACAGUCUGAUUAACAUACAUGUACUGUCAGUUUUUGAAUUUUUGGGGAACAUUCAUGUUCAUGUAUUGUAGUUACGCUGCAAACUUCAGGUUUGAUUCUUACAUGAUCUUUUUUCUUUGUUCCAGAAUGCAUGGUCUUAAGUCUGGGAAGACACUAAAGGAAUUUCGAGGACAUACAUCUUUUGUAAAUGAUGCUAUUUUUACAAUGGACGCUCAUAACAUCAUCAGUGCUAGUAGUGAUGGAACAGUUAAGGUACAUGAUGUACAAAUAUGUUACUCAAUAAUUACUCAAACCUCCACUGUAAAACCAAAAUCAACAUUACAUGUGUGCAUUUGUAAACACAGUUGGUAAAUUAAAACUUUAUAAUAAUAUAAAUGAAGUGCUCAGUGCAAAAACAGCACAAAACUAACCAAAUUUUGGCUUGUGGCGGUUUUGGGGCAAGGAAACAUACCAUUAAAAAUUUUCCCAAUGAUUUCCACUUUUUGGCUGAAAUCACAUAAUGCCAAAAACAUCCACUUUCCUGGCAGUUUCUUUUGUCAUCCUAUAAUGUCUUACAUGCAUGUAUCAAAAUGAUAUGUUUCUUUAGACAAUCAGUGAAACCUGCUUAUUGAUUUCGGAUUUUGCGUGUGCUAUGCAUUUUCUCACUGGAAUCAAAGUUAUAGUUAUAUGAUUGCUAAGGGAAAGUUUUUCUGAGGAGCACACAGAAAAUGUCAAGUAUGGCUGGUUGACAAAAUUAUUGUUUGUUAAUUUUUGUCUUAUUUACAGCUUUGGAAUAUCAAAACAACUGAAUGUCUUCACACUUUCAAGCCAUCAGUAGGUAGUGUGGCAACAGACAUCACAGUCAACUCUGUACAUGUUAUGCCAAGAAACCCAGAACAGUUUGUGGUGUGUAACAGAACAAGCACCGUACUUGUCAUGAACAUGCAGGGACAGGUUAGAUUUAUCAAUAAGUUGACACUUUUUUGGCUAAGACAGCAUAGGCCUCUAGUCUUUAGUCUGCUAACAAGCUCUCCAUUUCUUAGGUGUGACUUCUUGUGGCUCCCCUAAAAGGAGAGCCAGCUGCCAGCAGGUCAUCUAGUCUCUCUCUGCCCACACCUAGUGUACAUGAACAUAAUGAAUGGGCAGAAAGAUACCUGACAUUUCAGAUGACUGUGUAGUAUCUAGCAAAUGAAACUUGCCUGGGACCAUAGUUAUUAAAGUGGCAUGGUUAUGAAACUCUUUAGACUCUUUUUUUUUGUUUGUUUGCUUUUUUGAUCUGACUGUGCACAACGUUCAAUAACAUUCCUAUCAUUUUGAACUUACUGACCAAUAGAAACAUCACGUUAAUUUAUUCAGUCACAAUCUGUGAACAAAAACCAAAGGAUUGUGCACGGUCAGGCAGCUUCCAACAUUAACUACAGCACCAUUCUUUUCAACUUUGAUGUUUGCUGGCUUUCAUAACCAGUCUCCCCUACUAACUACGUGUAUGCUGGAACACUGUGUCACAAUGGAUAUAGCCUGCGAACAGCAGAUGUAUUUCUGGUCGUCACUUCUCUUCCUCGGAGGGAGAGAAGCAACGACCGGAAAUAUGUAUGCUGUUCGCAGGCUACAAUGGAUAGGGCCCGGUUGCCAUUAGCUGGUCUCCUGUACUUUUCAGCUUGUACAUGUAUAUAAAAAUAAAAUGUGUUUUUUCAAAGUGAAAAGUGCUUAGUGAUUCUGUAGAGAUUGAUUUGAUAAAGAGUUUGGCUGGGCUGCUGGGACUCAAGAUGCUAUGUUAAGGAGGUGAUCUUUGAAUGCCAAGGAAUAGAUAAUCAUACUGAGUCAUCAUUGUCGAAAAGAUAACUUUAAUAAAAAAAAGGAGAUGUGUUUUGACGUUGGUCAUUUUGUUGUUUAGAUUGUGCGAAGCUUCACCAGUGGUAAGAGAGACGGUGGUGACUUUGUAUGCUGCACCCUCUCCCCCAGGGGAGAAUGGAUCUACUGUGUAGGGGAGGACAUGGUUGUGUAUUGUUUUAGUACCAUGACCGGAAAACUAGAACAAUCCUUACAGGUAUUCACAAUUUAUUUUGUUAAGUCAGUCCUGAUUGAGGCGUCCAGCAACCAGCAAAUAGCCUGACUUAUUGAAAAAAAAAAAAAAUUGAUACAUGUAGUGUCAUUUUUGUCUGUCCACUUUGAUUACCUGUAACAUCAAGUGAACUCAGCUGUAACAGGUGUGAUGGGUUACGGCCCUUAAUGUCAGCUCUGUCGUAGAAGCCCUAACUUCAAGCUACAUGACUGUACAUGUGAUCCAACCAUAUAUGCCCCCUUUUCUAUAGGAAAGUGUAUUCAUGGCUUCUACAGAUUUUAAAUUGGGCAAGGGUUGUGGGAUGGGACCUACUGUUUAUCUUCCUUAUCCAAGAACAGCUUUUUCAGUUUUUUCAUGAGCCCAAGUAUUGGCCAAGGUUUGCACAGCAGACUAGCACUCAUCCAAUUGAGCACGGUAAUGAGUAUGACAAAAAGCCCUACUUUUAGCUGGUUUCAAAAAGGCAUCAAACUUGUGCAAAUUAUUUUUGUCUUUCCCCUUUUCCUGACAAAUCAAAUGUUUAUGUUCUGCAAGUUCUUAUAACUUUUUUCGUAUUUUUUUCUGGCAAUUUACAUUAGGUUCACGACAAGGAUGUGAUUGGUGUUGUACAUCACCCACAUAAUAAUCUUAUAUCAACAUACAGUGAAGACGGACAGCUUAAAUUGUGGCAGCCAUAGUGAUCCAUGAGAAAGAAUAACACCAUGGAUGAAGAAAGAGCAUCUCCAAGGAGGCUUCCUGAGGCUCUCUUUAGAACAUUUUUCGGCAUUUUUUCCUUAGAAGCUAGAUUACAAGAAAGGCCAUUGGGACUGAUUAUUUGAUCUUGUACAAUGUACAAAAUGCAGUAGAGAGGACAUUGAUGCAUUAUCAUUUUUUAACGAGAUUUCAAACUUUUCUCAAGGCUCUGUAAAUAAAUAAAUUUUCAAAACUAGAAACUUGAUUUUAGUUCCUGUUUUGGGUUGGCUUUUUUCUACCAUCUACCUUUUCUGUUUGCAGGUAUUUCUAUCAUGAUUAAUAUUGUGAAAAGCAUGUUGCUCGAGACACUUAAUUGAAGGAGGGGAUCUGGCUUCCCUUAUGGUUCUUGUUCACCAUUGAAUCACAAGAAAGUAAUACCUGUUUUAUAGAAUAGUGUCUUGGGCAAUUAAUACUUUUUGUCCUGAAAAUGUGUUCCUUUUUUCAUUCUUUUAUGUGAUAUGCACCUGCUUUGCCCAGGGUUUUUCUAAUGGCAGGUGCUUUUAGUUCUGUUGAUUAAAAAUAAAAUUGAUUGUGGAGUUUGAAGCCUGGAAAAACAGAAGAA